AUGGAGGAAACUGCUCUUCAAUGUAUGGUUGAGUUUCUAUUUCAGGAGAAAUUUCUGUGGCCAUAUUUAUGUACUUUUCGCGUUAGAAGGCCGAAUCGUGAUUGUGAAGGUCUUCCGCUAGAGUUAGGUCUGUUCCCAUUUGUGGCAACGAGUUAUGAGGCGAAUAAAAAGAAAACCCAAAUUAUUAAACUCAAAUCUGAAUGGUCUGAAGUCGAACUCAUAUGCCUCCAGAACGAUUUGAAUAACGGCCUCGGAUUUGGUCUACUUGGGAACAAAACCACUGGAGUACUUGUACGAAACAUUGUUCCAGGUGGUAGCGCUGACCUCGGUGGUAAUCUGCGUCCCGGUGACCUAAUACUUCGGGUUGGAGAUGUUUCUACACGAGGUCUUAGUCCCGAUCAAGUUGCUCGGAUCCUUCGUCAAACCGCCAUCGCUAAUUACAACCUUCGAGGGGCAUCAGCAGAAACAAAUUCAAGCACAAGUUCAACCUCAACUACAACUACUUCACCCAUUAUGUCAACCACGCCAUCUGUAAGCCUAUUGGUCGCACGAUCUGCUCAAGGUAGCCCGACAACUUUGGCCACUGUCUUUGAAAAACAAAGCCAACACCCACAACUCUGA